AUGGACAGUAGUGAAGAGAGGGGCAAGCGAGAGGAGAGGGAACAAAGCGGGACAGCUUGCAGCACGCCGAGUGAAUCAGAGCCAUGGCCUUUCUUUGCCUUUCGGGGUUUUUAUCAUCGCGCGUCUUGCGAAAGCAAGAGGUGUGAACCCGCCGUGGAGCACGGCCAGGUCUGCAGCGCCUGCUCCGAGCCUCCCGUGCCCGGGAUAGUGGAAAAUUACCGGCUUCUCCUCCCGGGGCUGCCACACGGGCCCUGGCAGGGCCAGGGGACCCACCGCUGGCACGGCCCGCUGGGCACCGACAGGAGCCACCGCAUCCUCACUCUGGCUGCAUCCUCCAGCUGGCAGAGCGCAGGGAGGGGAAGCACAGCCAGCACCACCCGGGAAAAGUCCUGGUGGGAAGGCAGAAGUGCCAGCAGGCGAUGUGCAGGUCCUCCUUUCCCGGCCCAUGGCUGGCAGUGCCUCGGUGAGCAGGAGAGCAGCUCCCGUCGGGAAUGCAGGCACCGCCGUCCCCAGCCUGCAGCCGGGCUGGGAAAGCGGCUCCCACCACGCCCUGGCAGAGCAAACGGGCUCAGACCGACACCGCACAGGCAGCCCGGCCCCAUCCUUCUGGGACACACGGAACACAGGAGCCCCACACUGAAGGGUAUGCCCCCCCACCAGCCCACCAUUGCCCAUGUGCUUACAAGGACACGGGAGUCAGCCAGCUCUAGGGCCCUUUUGCCUGGAAUCAAUAUAUCCCUGCAGCGAGCUCUGCAUUUGACAAGCAGCAACUUUUCACCAGCUGAACAUCCCCUUAAAUCUUCGUCAGCUGAGGACAAGGCUCACUGGUGCAGCAUUCUUGUCGAGGUCCCUCUGCCCUUGGAUGCAGCAUCCUCCAUCCUCACCAAUUCCUCAAGGAUGUCACCUGGCAAUCCCCACAACUCAUUAGCAUUUAAUACGCAGCAAGAGGAGCUGGUACCUAUUCCUCCCAUCCAAAAUAAUCUCCCAAUGUUUGAAAAUAAACAGCAGAAAUAUGUCCCAGCAGGUGUUACCUCUUCAAUGUUGUCUUGUUUGUAGCCAGUCACAAGACAACAUUCCCAUAACGCCAGAGGUAAGCAGAUGGCAUUUAUUAAUUUACAUCGUAAAUAUGCUCUAAUGUGUACACUGAGAAGCCACUGCUGUGGGAGGCAGCUCUACCUGGCUUACACGGAACAUCACAGCCCAAACACUUCACCUGAGACCGGGAACAGCGGUGCCGUGUCCCUCCUCUGGCUCCCCACGGAGGCUCUGUGCCUUUCUACAGCAGCACUGGAGCAGUUCUGCCUCUUCCCACAGCUGCCAAUUGGUUGCCCCAGGCACCAAACUGGAGAAAAUUACACCCAAAGUUAUUAGAGGCAGCAAGACUGCAGGCAGCAUCAACACAGCAUAUGUCCCAAAGUAAACAGAUUGCGUGGAAUCUUCCUGAACGUGCCGAGGGGCCGCGGGUGCCGAAAUCGCUCUUCCCGAGAUGCGGAGCUGCCUGCGGGGAGGGGAACGUGCUCUGGGAAGGGGCUGGGUGCUCCCCCCAGGGCCCAGACCUGCAGCUCUGCUGGUGGCUCUCCUGGAGAGCUGCUGACCUGCCCUGCUGUGGGCAGGGACGCGCUGGAAUAGGGAGCUGGAAAAUCGUGGAAGGUGCUCUCCUGGCCAGGCCACCCGGCACAUCCGGGAAUGAUUGGGACUGGAUGGAGAAUUAUCAACGCAGAUGGGUUUGCACUAGAAUAGCUCUGUCUCAUCUCCUCCUCCCAGACCUCCCCUCCUCUCUUCUGCAAAGUGACACAGUCAAAAAGUGGUGAGUUUUUAAUAUUUUCCAAGAUUUUUUCUUUUUAAAUCUGGAAAGAGACACAAAUAAAUGGGCAGCAAAAGGAACCCAGCAUCACUGAGGGAUCUAAAAGAUGCAACUUUUUUUUGCUGAAGGUGGUUCUGAGCUGGGGGAACACCAGCCCACCCUUCUUGCAGUGGACACUGUGGCUGCAAAGGGCUGUGGCACCAGAGAAGGAAGGACAUCCCAAGGACCGCAGCACAGCCUCCAACUCCAACCUGCCAGGAGCAUCCAGCCUGCCUGGAAAUCCCUGUCUGUGUUGCCUAAUGCAGGAGCUGAUCCCAAAUCCAGCUGCCACCCAUCCUGCUUGGAGACCUUGGGAGUGUUGCUCAGAGGCCUUGUCCCCAAUAUCACCUGAGUUCAGCAAUGGCUGAGAGCACUGAGGGUAAAAAACCCAACCAGAGCACAUCAGGAGGCUGCGCUAAGAGAUUUGUGGCAUAACGUGAUACCUGCAGGAUUUAAAAUCCACAUGCCAUCAGAGCUGAGCAAGGGGAGCCCCACAUCUGGUGCAGCACCUGCCCAGUGCCCCCUCCUCCUGCACCACCCCAGAGCCCACGAUGAGGGACGGAUGCAGGGGAACAUCACCCACACUGCAGAGUCUGCACUGGGGGGAGGAAACUCGCUCCAGCUGCCAGCUCUGGCUGAUAAGACAAUCUCCUUUCAUCUCUUAUUGCCUCUCACUCCACCCCUUCAUUCUUUAUUUUCUUUUUGGUUGCACCCAAAGGCCCAUGCUGCCCUGGGUGCCCUGCGUCACACUGACGUCAGGGAGGCAGCCAGGGCCCCGAUCAUGGGGCUUCUUUCACAACCUGCCUGCCCUGGGGACUCUCAUUAAUCAAGAUCCGCAGAUAAGGGCCCUGCAGAGCACUGCCAGCAGUCCCAAGGGAGCCCACACUGGUUUUUCUGCACAGCCGCCCUGGCAGAGCGGGAACAGGGCAAACAUGCUGGGAAAGGAGGCUGGAAAAGGGCAGGUACAGGGCUGGAGGGGCUCCAGUUGUGUGCACGGUGGCAGCACUGGGUUUGGGGAACCCUGCUCCAGUGGAAGGUGUCCCCCUCCAUGGCAGGGGCAGGGAAUGGAAUGAGCUUUAAAAUCCCUUCCAACCCAAACGCCUCUGUGAUUGCUCCAGGGUUGGGACAGGACCUUCUGCAUCCACCCUGGGACAAAAAAAAAUAUGGAUUUGGCCACAAACCUUUGGCUUGGGCAGUUCUUCUAUUUAUCCAUCCCAUCCUGCUGGCUCAACACUUGGCUGUGGAUACCGAGCAUCAGCCCCAUCAGGAGACAUCAGUCAUCCCACAUCCACAUGGCAGUGAGAGGAACAAGUCUUCCAUUUUUCCGUCUUCUUGG